CAAAUAUCAAUUCUUCACUUCAUUUUCAUCUGUGAUUUUCAUACAAACACACCAUUAAUUAAAUAGACGAAUAGUGAGCAAAGCAAAGCUAACUACAAAGUUGCUUUUCAAUUGAAUUCGUUGGUCAUAGAAGUUCAAGUCAAAGGGGAAAACGAAAACAUUACUUCACCAGUUUUCUUGGUUGAGACAGUUUGCCAAACUUAUUCUUGUUUCUAUUGCAAUGGCAGAUCAAAACGCAGAACCCAUAACUACAGACGUGGAGAGUAACUACUCUACUCCAGCCAAUGAUCCUAAAAACAUGCAAGAAGUAACACAGUAUGUGCAAUCCCUAUUGCAGAAUAUGCAGGACAAGUUCCAAAGUAUGUCGGAUCAGAUUAUAAACAGAAUAGAUGAGAUGGGCUCAAGAGUAGAUGAGCUUGAAAAAAAUGUCACAGACCUAAUGACACAAGCUGGUGUAGAAAAUGAAAAGUAGGAAAAGACAUUAUGUGUGCUUUAACCUAAUGAAGAACAGUGUUUUAUCUCUACAGUAGGAAUCUGAUUGAUUCUAUUAUAGUGACAGUUCAAUAAGAUAUUAAUAAAAUUUAUAUACAACAACGUGGCUAAUUCGGUUGUACACAAUUUCUAAACUAAAAUAAGAGGUCUAAAUAUAUUGGCAUGGCUUUGUUAAUACUUCUUGUGGAAAAGGAUAGAGCUAGAUUUAGUUUGUCAGUAUAUUAAGGUAAUUUUAUAAUAUUAUCUUAAUUUUUAUGGAAAUUAUGCCCAACACAGACUAGUUUGGAGAUUGUUUAUUACAGAAUUAGACACAAUAUUUUCAAUCUAAGCAUUUUAAUAUAAUAUAAUAAAUGGAGACUGUUAAUUGGUUCUCGCAUGCCUAAAUCAAUAGCAUUUUUUAGAAUUGCUUAAAACUUUGGUUGGUAAUUUGGAUUUGAAGGUCUGAAUAAUCACAUUUCUACUGAAGAGAAUUGAUUGUUAAUAAUCAUCUAUCUAGGAUAUUUUGUUUGUGAUGUCUUGCAUUUUAUAAUAAGACACUUGGAUAGUUAGUAGUUAUGUGCAUAAAAUCAUGAUUUUUUGUUGUCAUUUGGUAGAUUUGUCAAAGUGGCACAUGAGUUGCUGUAAAGUUGUAAUGUGUAGGUGCACUAUAUUUGUGUAUAGGGUCUGGAUUUCACCAACAAAAUCACUAAUCCAAGUAACAUCCAUAACCAUUAACUCUCAAAUCUUAUUAUGAUACUAAAAAUCUGUUACUUUUAUUUAAAUGUGAAACUACUAUGUAAUCAUUAUUAAGUACCGUCUAAACAUUGUGACUGAAGUGAAAAAGCAAUGUUAUUUAUAAUGGAAUGAGUAAUGACUGAACAAU